CAGGGAGCUGUUCAAUCGUGUGGUCCUGAUUAUCUGACUCCUGUACCAUUACCAUCUCUGGUCUCUAUAGAGCAGAGCGGAACCAGACAUCUAGAGUCCCAGCUACAGAACAUCUAGAACACGAUGGCGAGAAAUCUCAUCAAGAACCCCUGCGGGAAUGAGGGUUUACAGCACUGGACGGACAUUCAGAAUGGUGGAGGUGGAUGGAAAGUUGAGGAUGCUGUUCUGGGAGCCACUUUUCCAUCCAGUUCAGUGAAGAAAUACUUUGCUACAUCCAACGGGUGGUGCAGCAAAUCUCAGGACAUUGAUCUCCUAAAGGAAGGAUAUACAAAGGAGAUACUGGACACCAACCAGCCGUGCGUUGUCAUCAGUGAAUGGUACGGAUCGCGUGCUGAUACCGGAUCAAGCUAUGAGCUGACUGUGCAGCUUCUGGGUGACAAACAUCAGGUGAUCGCCGAGUACAAGAGCGGCAGAAUCAACAUCGCCCAGCCCGCGCAGGACACCUGGCACCAGAUCGGAAAUACAUUCUCCAACUAUGGCCCUGGGGUGCGCUACAUUCGUUUCAAGCAUGGUGGCCAAGACGCUAAAUCCUGGCAGGGCUGGUACGGCGUGCGGCUCACCAAAAGCAGCGUGACGAUCGAAGUGUAAGAAACACCCAGAGACACGGCCAGAGCUACUGAUGGAAACAAACACUGCAAAUGGUACAAUAAUGACAUAGGGACCCCUCUGCAUAUAUAUAUAUAUAUAAUAUAUAUAUAUAUAUAUAUACUAUAGGGUACAGUGGUGGUAGCCGUCAGGGACAAGCCAUGGAAAUUGCUACCGCCAUUGUAACGAGGGGCUGCGGCAGACAGCGCUCCUUCUCUGAGCAACCCAAAUUGUGACUGUAAUGACUGUGAAAUCUGGACAUUUGCUUAGCGGGGGUUUUGGUGGUCCUAGUGAUUAAGUAACAGAAAGGCCAUUGCUGUAGCUUAUUAUAAAUCCACUUUCACUAUAGAUUAGAGAAUAAAAUGUACAAAUAAAGAACUUGGGGAGAAAAUAUGUAUUUUUUUUUAUAAACGUUAUUUUAUGUAGAAAAAUAACUUGUCCAGCCUGUGCAUUUACCCACUGAACACAAAAAUAAAAGGAAUACCAUGACGUGCA